CAACUAAUUGCUUCCUUAGUCGUAGAAUUUAUUCCUUUACCCUAUUGUCUUGCGGCGGCCAUGUGCCAGCGGCCCAACAGAGCAUGCAAAAACAUACUAUCCUUUUAUUUUCUAGGCUUGGAAUUUUGGCUAAAAUCUAGCGAAGCUAAAUAAAAAUUGGAUUUGCUUAGAAUUUGUAUUUAUAUUAUUAUUUAUACGAAAAUUUGAAAUAUCAAAAUGAUUUUAAAUUUUCACCGUAAACUUUUUUGGAGGUUGUCUUUAUUUUUGUAUAUAGAUAGAGAUAUUCUAAAAGAAAGAAAAUAUCUUAAUCUGUGACGUGGAUAUGAAGGAUAUUUUAUUUAUUUAUUAUAUGGUUUAACAGUUUCUUCUGAGUAGUGUAUAAAACCCAUCCAACCCAGCAGCGGUAAAACUUGAACAAAAUGAUGGCAUCGCCUCUCGUUCUUCAAUCCAUUGCAGUCUUUUCGAGUACUCCAAGCUCGAACACCCAUACUUCUCCAUUGCGUGGCCUCGAAUCCUGCUCUACCAUGCUGGAGCUCAAGCAGUUCCACUCUCAGGUCAUUAAGCUCGGUCUCUCUGCCGACAAUGACGCCAUGGGUCGAGUCAUCAAGUUCUGUGCAGUCUCCGAUAAUGGCGAUCUGAAUUAUGCCCUCCAAGUGUUCGAUGCACUUCCUCAUCCGGACGCCUUCAUUUAUAACACUAUAAUGAGAGGGCAUUUGCAACUGCCAUUCCCCAGAAAGUGCAUUCUUUUCUACUCCCGGAUGUUAUGUGAUUCUGCUACGCCUAAUAGGUUUACUUUCCCUUCGGUUAUAAGAGCUUGUUCUGCUGAUAAUGCAGUUGAAGAAGGGAGACAGGUCCAUGCCCAUGUUUUCAAAUUUGGAUUUGGAGCUGAUGGGUUUUCUCAGAACAACCUGAUUCACAUGUAUGUGAAUUUUCAGUCUAUGGAGGGAGCAAGAAAAGUCUUUGAUAAAAUGCCCAUGAAAGAUGUAGUCUCUUGGACCACUUUGUUCACUGGCUAUUCUCAGUGUGGAUUGGUCGAUAAGGCUUUUGAAGUUUUUGAGCUGAUGCCUGAGAGGAACUCUGUCUCUUGGAAUGCCAUGAUUGCAUCUUAUGUUCAGAGCAACCGUUUUCAUGAGGCCUUUGCUUUGUUCCGUAGGAUGCUGGAAGAAAAAUGGGCAUUGGAUAAAUAUUUGGCUGCUAGUAUGUUAGUAGCUUGUACAGGGUUGGGUGCUCUGGAACAAGGCAAGUGGAUACAUGGAUAUAUCCAAAAAAGUGGGAUUGAGUUGGACCCAAAACUUGCAACAACAAUUAUCGACAUGUAUUGCAAAUGUGGUUGCUUGGAAAGGGCUUUUGAAGUUUUCAAUGAGUUGCCCCACAAAGGGAUUUCUUCCUGGAAUUGCAUGAUUGGAGGACUAGCCAUACAUGGCAAAGGAGAGGCUGCCAUUCAACUUUUUAAAGAGAUGCAGAGGGAAAUGGUCGCUCCCGACUAUAUUACUUUUGUUAGUCUCCUUUCUGCAUGUGCUCAUUCUGGAUUAGUUGAUGAGGGGCGCCAUUACUUCCGCUGCAUGAUUGAAGUUCACGGUAUUGAGCCUGGAACCGAGCAUUUUGGGUGCAUGGUUGAUCUGCUAGGAAGAGCUGGGAUGAUGAAGGAAGCGACGAAGCUUAUAAACGAGAUGCCCAUGAGCCCUGAUGCAGGUGUAUUAGGGGCUCUUCUUGGAGCUUGUAAAAUCCAUGGAAACAUAGAACUGGGAGAGAAAAUCGGGAAGAGAAUAAUUGAACUGGAGCCUAACAAUAGCGGACGCUACGUGUUACUCGCAAACUUGUAUGCCAAAGCUGGUAGGUGGGAAGAUGUUGCAAACACGAGGAAGUUAAUGAACGACAGGGGAGUUAAGAAAGCUCCCGGAUUCUCCAUGAUCGAAGUGGAGGGUGUGGUCAAUGAAUUUCUUGCUGGAGGAAGGGCCCAUCCCGAAGCGAAACAGAUAUAUUCGAAAGUUAACGAGAUGCUGGAACGUAUUAGAAGUAGUGGCUAUGUUCCUGACGUUGAUGGGGCAUCAAUGCAUGAUGUAGAUGAGGAGGAAAAGGAGAAGCCAUUAUACUAUCAUAGCGAGAAACUUGCAAUUGCAUUUGGGCUGCUGAAGACAAAAGCAGGGGAAACUAUUCGUAUCACGAAGAAUUUACGAGUGUGUAAAGACUGUCACGAAGCAAGUAAACUCAUCUCCAAAGCUUAUGGUCGAGAGAUAAUUGUGAGGGAUAGAAAUCGGUUUCACCAUUUUAGAAUGGGGGAGUGUUCCUGUCGAGAUUACUGGUAGAGUUUUUUCUUAGUAGUAAAAUACAAAAAGUGAGAUGAUUAUGUUAUAUGUAUUUAUACCUAUCAAUAUAUAGAUUCAGAAACUCAUUUUGA